GGUAAUCCAUAGUACUCCCCCGCCUCCACUUGCCAGCCUCGUCAUUCCUUCAUUGACACAUAGCUCAGUUCCCAUAAAAGGGCUGGUUUGCCGCGCGGGGGAGUGGAGUGGGACAGGUAUAUAAAGGAAGUACAGGGCCUGGGGAAGAGGCCCUGUCUAGGUAGCUGGCACCAGGAGCCGUGGGCAAGGGAAGAGGCCACACCCUGCCCUGCUCUGCUGCAGCCAGAAUGGGUGUGAAGGCGGCUCAAACAGGCUUUGUGGUCCUGGUGCUGCUGCAGUGCUGCUCUGCAUACAAACUGGUCUGCUACUACACCAGCUGGUCCCAGUACCGGGAAGGCGAUGGGAGCUGCUUCCCAGAUGCCAUUGACCGCUUCCUCUGUACCCACAUCAUCUACAGCUUUGCCAAUAUAAGCAACGAUCACAUCGACACCUGGGAGUGGAAUGAUGUGACACUCUACGGCAUGCUCAACACACUCAACAACAGGAACCCCAACCUGAAGACUCUCCUGUCUGUCGGAGGAUGGAACUUUGGCUCUCAAAGAUUUUCCAAGAUAGCCUCCAACACCCAGAGUCGCCGCACUUUCAUCAAAUCAGUACCGCCAUUUCUGCGCACCCAUGGCUUUGAUGGGCUGGACCUUGCCUGGCUUUACCCUGGACGGAGAGACAAGCAACAUUUUACCACCCUGAUCAAGGAAAUGAAGGCCGAAUUUGCAAAGGAAGCCCAGCCAGGGAAAAAGCAGCUCCUGCUCAGCGCAGCAGUGUCUGCGGGGAAGGUCACCAUUGACAGCAGCUAUGACAUUGCCAAGAUAUCCCAACACCUGGAUUUCAUUAGCAUCAUGACCUACGAUUUUCAUGGUGCCUGGCGUGGGACCACAGGCCAUCACAGUCCCCUGUUCCGAGGCCAGGAGGAUGCAAGUCCUGACAGAUUCAGCAACACUGACUAUGCUGUGGGGUACAUGUUGAGGCUGGGGGCUCCUGCCAGUAAGCUGGUGAUGGGCAUCCCCACCUUCGGGAAGAGCUUCACUCUGGCUUCUUCUGAGGCUGGUGUUGGAGCCCCAAUCUCAGGACCAGGAAUUCCAGGCCGGUUCACCAAGGAGGCAGGGACCCUUGCCUACUAUGAGAUCUGUGACUUCCUGCGCGGAGCCACAGUCCAUAGAAUCCUCGGCCAGCAGGUCCCCUAUGCCACCAAGGGCAACCAGUGGGUAGGAUACGACGACCAGGAAAGCAUCAAAAGCAAGGUGCAGUACCUGAAGGACAGGCAGCUGGCGGGCGCCAUGGUAUGGGCCCUGGAUCUGGAUGACUUCCAGGGCUCCUUCUGCGGCCAGGAUCUGCGCUUCCCUCUCAUCAAUGCCAUCAAGGAUGCACUCGCUGCAACUUAGCCCUCUGUUCUUCUGCAUACAGCACGGGGGCCAAGGAUGCCCCGUCCCCCUCUGGCUCCAGCUGGCCAGGAGCCUGAUCACCUGCCCUGCUGAGUCCCAGGCUGAGCCUCAGUCUCCCUCCCUUGGAGCCUAUGCAGAGGGCCACAACACACAGAUUUGAGCUCAGCCCUGGUGGGCAGGGAGGUAGGGAUGCGGCUGUGGGGAUAGUGAGGCAUCACAAUGUAAGACUCGGGACUAGUACACACUUGUUGAUUAAUGGAAAUGUUUACAGACCCCCAAGCCUGGCAAGGGAAUUUCUUCAACUCCCUGCCCCCCAGCCCUCCUUAUCAAAGGACACCAUUUUGGCAAGCUCUAUCACCAAGUAGCCAAACAUCCUACAAGACACAGUGACCAUACUAAUUAUACCCUCUGCAAAGCCCAGCUUGAAACCUUCACUUAGGAACGUAAUCGUGUCCCCUAUCCUACUUCCCCUUCCUAAUUCCACAGCUGCUCAAUAAAGUACAAGAGCUUAACAGUG